AAUAAGAAACGCACACACACACACACACACACUCUCUCUCUUGUGUUCUUUGAACCCUAGAUAUUAGAUCUGUAAGGCGUCUUAGUUUGAGUCAUCUUUUGGUAAAGAAAUUUUUAGAUCUGUUCAACAUGGAUUUUCAUUUCUUUACACUCCCCCCUUCAAAGAAUGGCUCAACGUUUCCAAGAUGGUAGAGUUUUUUCUCUUCUUUAUAUUUUAUAUUUUUUUUUAUUUUUUUAAAUUUAUUUCCACAGAUCUUUUAAAUCAAACCUCGUCUUCCCUAAUGAUUAUUUUGAGAUCUUUAAAAUGGUAGGUAUUAUCCAUGCAAGGGGUCCGGGUCGGGUCGGUUCGGUCCUAUUUACAUCAGUUUUUGGAAUGGGAACGGAAGGUGUCCUGGGUGGGUGGGUCUAUCGUGUGCCUAUUUUGGUUUGGGUCGGGUCUACUUUUGGAUCGGAUCUAUUCGGGUCGGGUCAAUUUUUUUUAGUUAUGGGCCGCCCCGCCAGCCCCAAUAAUCCAAAACUAUAAAUUGGAAGCAGUUUUUCACUGAGUUCGAGUUCAACUUCUUCGGUUCACUGAUUCUCUCACUCUCUCUCACAGGCUUUGAUGGCGUCGUCUGAUUCAGACGACACAAUGCGCUCGAGUUCCACCGGUUCAAACGAAACAUUCAUUCCCGAUACUGAUAUGGAGCAGUCAGCCGAAAACGUUGAGGGUGUUGUCCCUGGUGAUUCAGUCACUAUUGUCCCGAAAUCCCUUCAUUCAGACGAUACUAUUGUGCCGGAAACCGUUUUCGAGUCGUCGGGCAGUGCAGAGCCGGUUAACUCGAAUGCCACUGUUCCAGCAGAGACUGAAGUGAUUCUCGAUUCUCCAAACACUCUUCGUGCUCAGCCGACGCACCCCCCACAACAUGCAGUCCCGUAUGUUAUGGAUGAUGUUGGUGACGUGAAAGUUGUCCUCAAAAGCUUGAAGGAGAAGUGCGAUGUUAUCACCAGCCAGCAGAAGGAAACUCAAGAUGACGUUGCGACUAUGCGCGGUCAGCUUGCGAAUCUCUUGCGGGAUUCAACUUCUCAGAACGAUAAGCUGGACAAACUUCUGAAAAUCCUCGAUCGCGACAAUUAGGUGUUGCUGCUGUUGUGAGAAAGCUGCUGUCUGUUGCUGUUGGGAGUAAAUCUAGGUGGUGGUGCUGUCUUUUUUUGAAAUAUAAUUUGGUUAUAAAACCAUUGUUGAUUUGAAUCAGUUUUCCUCUUAAUUGAGUUGGGAGCAUUGUUGGUUAUUGCUUUGUGUUGCAAGUUUGCAACUAUACUCUGUUAUGUCUGUAAGGUUUUACUUUGACCUAAAUACCUGUUUUUUCUUCUUUUUU